AUGCGUCUUCUCACUCUUGCCUCCUUGGUGGCUGCCGCCGCCGCGCAGUCCGAUCUGGUCUCGGUCCUCGAGUCCCAGGAUGACCUCUCGACGCUGUUCUCGGUCCUCCAAGGUUUCCCUGACCUUGUCGAGACUCUCUCCUCUGCCAGCAACAUCACCAUCUUCGCACCCACCAAUGAGGCUUUCGAGUCCGUGCCGGAGGACAGCGCCAUCGGCCAGGCCAUUGCCAACAAUGACACGACCGCCAUUGCCGCCCUGCUGACCAACCACGUCUACCAGGGUCAGUACCCAGCCGAGGCUGUCAUGGAGACUCCUGUCUGGAUCCAGUCCCUGCUCGACGACAGCUACGAGAUGGACGGUAUGCCCUUUAGCAACUUCACCGGCGGUCAGUACAGCGGUGUCGUCCUGGACGGCGAUGACGUCGUCGUCAUCUCGGGCGACCUGACCCUCUCCACGGUGACCGAAGCGGACAUUGAGAUUGGCGACAGCGUCAUCGUCCACAAGAUUGACAACCCCAUCGCCUUCUCCCCCACCCUGGAGGCCUACACCCUCCGCGAUGGCCUCCUCAACUUCAACGCCGCUCUGGCCACCGCCGACCUGCCCGUCAACUUUGGCGACGACAGCGACAAGAUGCCCAUUUCCGACUUUACCAUCUUCGUCCCCAACGACGCCGCGUUUGAGAACAUUGGCUCCGUUCUCGAAGGUGCUGAUCUCGAGACCCUUCAGGAGGUCCUGACCUACCACCUCGUCGCCGACAAUGUCGUCUUCUCCACCGCUCUCGGCAACGUCAGUCUCCCCAGCUACCAGGGUGGAGAUCUGACCUUUACCGUCGCUGAGGAUGGCAGUGCUUGGGUGAACAACGCCAAGAUUGUCUUCCCCAACGUGCUCCUCGCCAACGGUGUGGCUCACGUCAUUGACAGCGUCCUCAACCCUGCCGAUGACGAUUUUGACAGGGAGGAUAUUAUGCCCUAUGCGGACGCCAGCGACCGUGUCGCCUUUGAGGAUGCCUCGCCUGUGUCCGAGCUUCCCUUCUCUGCCCCUACUCCCGAGAUGACUUACACCACCCCUGGGCUGCUCGAGACCUAUGCCGCUGUCGCUACCGAUGGUGAUAUGGAGGCUACCCAGACCGGCGAUGAUGAUGAGGAUAGUCCCGACGCUACUGGCACGUCUGCCCCCGAGGAGGGUGGUGCCGUCAAAAUGAUGACCGGCGGUGUCCUCGCCGGUGCCAUGCUGGUCUCCAUGCUGAUGAUCUAA